AUGGCCGACAAGGACGAAGCCCGCUUCCUGCGCUGGCUCACAGAAAAUGGCGCCAAGAUCGACGCGCUCGCCAUCACGCACGACCUUGAUGGCGGCCGUGGCGUCGUCGCGACGCGGGAUCUCGCGCCCAAUGAAGUCGCCAUGUCGAUUCCCGAGGCGCUCAUGAUCUCGGAGGCGUCCGUGAAGCUCGACCCGGACCUCGGCCCGAUCUUUGCCCGACAUUCCGACCUCUUUGCCCGCGAUGAUCCGCUCUUGGCGACGUUCGUGGCGCACCACAUGGACCUCGGCCCGCACUCGUUCUACUACCCGUACCUCUCGAUGCUGCCCACGCCCGAGUCGAUCCAAAACUGGACCAUCGACGAGCUCGCAUCCUUGCAAGACCCGUACAUUCUCUUAUUGCGCCUCUUGGAGAUCGCCAACCAGCGCAAUGCCGAGAUCGUCACGUGGUACGAGCGCCUCACCGACCGCCUCUUCCGCCUCUAUCCGGAGCUCUUUAACGCGACAAGCUUUCCAUUCGAAACCUUUCGUUUUGCGUGGCAGACGAUCCAAGCACGCACGUUUGGCCGGCGGCUGCCGUGGACGUCGCUUGUGCCCUUUGCCGACAUGCUCAACCACGCCAACCACGCCACCAUCUACGCGUACGAGGACAAGACGUUUGAGUGGCACUCGUCCAUCGGAUACAAGCGCGGCGACCAAGUCUUCAACAGCUACGGCCGGCGCCCCAACCACCAACUGCUGCUCGACUACGGUUUUGCGCUGCGUGAGAACGAGUGGGACUAUCUCGACAUGGACCUGCACCUCGAGGCGUCGUACCCAAGUGCCUUGUCCAAGACGGAGCGUCGCGCGGUCCUCAUCAAGGCGCACCUCAUGCCGUUCAAGAACCGCUUCCGAUUGACGCAUGACACGUCCGUUGGGUCACUGCUACCGUACUUUCGCUGCCAUUUCUUGACGGCGUACUGCGAGGACGUUGAUGUCUCAUGCCUGCUGUCGGACGUCCGCGUCGAGAUCAAGGCCAUUACGGUUCUCAUUGAGGUGCUGGAAGAGCUCGCUGCUGCGUUUCCCACCUCGCUCGAAGAAGACGCCGCCUUGCUGCAAACCAACGACCUCCCCGACCGCCUACUGGUGGCGCUCACGUUUCGAAUGGGCCGAAAGCAGCUUUUGUCGAAUGUCAUUGUUGCUGCGACAGCCAUGCUGCAGAGAUUAACCAAAUAG